AUGCCAGCUCCAUCUCAAGGUAAUUCUUUUUUUUUUUAUUGAGUCAGGGUCUUCUUUAAGUCUUCAAGUCCUUAAUUAUAGACCUUAAUCUAUAUUCUCUGUGUUACUUUUAAUAAUAUUUUGUUUUUUAGAUCAACUUAAAGAGAUCUUCAAUCUUUAUGAUGAAGAACUCGACGGAAAGAUCGACGGAACCCAAAUCGGAGAUGUCGCUCGCGCCGCCGGACUCAAACCAACACAAGCUAUGGUAGUCAAGGCUUCCGGACAAGAAUUCAAACGCAAAGGAGAGAAACGUAUCACCUUCGAAGAAUGGCUCCCAAUCUUCGAACAACUCGCCAAAGAAAAGGUAACAUUUGAUUUGAGGGGCUUUUUUGGGGCUUGAAUUUGGGAUUUUGAAAGUGGAUUUUUGAGUUUUUAUUUGUUUAGCAACUCUUUCCACUUGGGAAAAAAAGAGAUAUUUAUUUAUCUCUUAUUUUUUCAAUCAAUAAAUAUCUUGUGUGGGAGAAAACAAAAAAGAGUGUAAUAAUUUCAGGAACAAGGAACAUACGCUGACUUUUUCGAAGGAUUGAAAGUUUUCGAUAAGGACGAAUCUGGCAAAAUCUUGUGCGCAGAAGUCAGACACAUCCUUUUGGCUCUUGGUGAAAGACUCACCGCUGAUGAAGCUGAUGAGCUUCUUAAAGGAGUUGAAGAUGCCGAAGGUAUGGUCAAAUAUGAAGAUUUCAUCAAGAAGGUUUUGGCCGGACCAUUCCCAGAAGAUUAA